GUUGUGUUUUUCAUGCAGAUGUUUCUCCAAAAUUUCUACAGCUUUUCAUUGUUUAGCCUCCAGACAAAAGCACACACUGCCUGAUCUUCCUUUUGACUAUGGUGCAUUGGAGCCAUACAUUAGUGCGGAAAUAAUGCAGCUGCACCAUAACAAGCAUCACGCUACCUAUGUUAAUAACUUAAAUAUCACAGAAGAGCAGUAUGCUGAGGCUUUGGCCAAAGGUGAUGUGACAACUCAAGUGGCUCUGCAGCCAGCACUGCGAUUUAAUGGUGGAGGUCAUAUUAAUCACUCCAUUUUCUGGACAAAUCUGUCUCCUAAUGGUGGAGGAGAACCUGUAGGAGAGUUAGUGGAAGCCAUUAAACGGGACUUUGGUUCUUUUGAGAAGUUUAAGGAAAAGAUGUCUGCAAUCUCAGUAGGUAUUCAAGGUUCAGGAUGGGGAUGGCUGGGCUACAGUAAGAAUUCAGGAAGACUACAGCUUGCUGCUGCUUCUAAUCAAGACCCAUUACAAGGAACAACUGGUCUAAUUCCCCUUCUUGGAAUUGAUGUGUGGGAGCAUGCGUACUAUCUGCAAUACAAGAAUGUACGGGGUGAUUAUCUAAAAGCUAUUUGGAAUGUUAUCAACUGGGAGAAUGUAGGAGAGAGACUGAAAGCUGCCAUGAAAUGAGUAGUAUUUUUAAAAAUGUUUAUCAAAUCAAGUUUGUUAAACAGUUUUCAGCUCCCUGUACCAUGUUUAAAUCAUUAAAUAUUUGAAAACAUCCAGAA